UUUGAGACUCCCAAUCGAAUUCAGAAAAGAAGAGUAAGAGCUUUAGUUUCCAUCCCAUUCUCUCCUAUUCUCAGAAGAAUAAGAAUGGAGAAAACUGGAAGUGGGUAUAUAGAGUUGAAGGUAAAGAGCUUUGAGCCAGUCAUGGUGGCCCCUUCUCUGCCUUCUCCCAAAACUAUUCUCCCCCUCUCCUCCAUUGACAACUUACCCCUUUUAAGAGGCAAUAUCUUUAAUUCACUGUUAGUCUACAAUGCCCAUCACAGUAUUUCUGCUGAUCCUGCAAAAAUAAUUCGAGAGGCUCUGUCAAAAGUGUUGGUGUAUUACUUUCCUUUCGCUGGGCGCCUCAGAAGCAAAGAAAAUGGGGAAGUUGAAGUGGAGUGCACAGGCGAGGGAGCUGUGUUUGUGGAAGCAAUGGCGGAUAACAGUCUUUCAGAGCUUGGAGAUUUUGAUGACGGCAACCCAUCAUUUCAACAGCUACUUUUCUCACUUCCACUUUCGACCACUCCUAUUGAGAACUUCCAUCUUCUGGUUGUUCAGGUAACUCGGUUUACAUGUGGUGGUUUUGUUGUGGGAGUGAGUUUCCACCAUAGUAUAUGUGAUGGAGGAGGAGCAUGUCAGUUUCUUAAAGGCCUUGCAGAAAUGGUGAGGGGAGAGAUUAAGCCCUCUUUAGAACCAAUAUGGAAUAGAGAGCUAUGGAAGCCAGAAGACCCUAUAAAACUUCAAUUUUAUCACUUUGAAUCCAUUAUGGAAAGCACACACAACCUGCACCAACCUCCAAUAAUAGAUGAAUCAGUUCAAGCCUCUCUAGUUAUCAAAUAUGAUGUAAUAAAGUGUAUCAAAAAAUACUUUAUGGAAGAAAGUAAAGAUUUUUUCUCGACAUUUGAAGUUGUUUCAGCAUUGGCUUGGAAAGCAAGGACAAAGGCUCUUAAAAUUUCAAGUUAUGAAAAUGUGAAGCUUCUCUUUGCGAUGGAUAUGAGGAGAUCAGUUGAUUUACCACUUCCACAAGGAUACUAUGGUAAUGCCAUUGGAAUGGGAUGUGCAAUAGAUAUUGCACAAGACCUCACAAAUGGUUCACUUUUGCGAGCUACAAAAAUUAUAAAAAGAUCAAAGUCAUCUUUAAAUGAUGCAUAUUUGAAGCCAAACAUUGCGACAUGCUCAUGUACAUCAAAUAUGCAUGUAAAACAAGAUAAUUUGCUUGCAUUGAGUGACUGGAGGCGAUUGGGAUUUCAUGAAGUAGACUUUGGUUGGGGAGAUGCAAAAAAUGUAAGUUCUCUACUACCUAUGGAGAAAGGGUUAGCUAUGCCAGAUUAUUUCAUCUUUGUCGAAUCUCCUAAGCACAUGCCUGAUGGAAUUAAGAUACUGAUGUGCAUGCCUAUGUCAAUUGUCAAAGCAUUUGAAACAGAAAUGGAAUCUAUGACAAGGGAAUAUAUGGAUAGAAAGGUUUAGAUCACAAGUAGUUAAUCCUUGCUUUUUUUGUAAUAAGCAUUGUUUAAUCUUCUACUCACAGUACAAGAAGAAAAUAUUUUUUUCUAUGAA